GUUGCAAAAUUAAAGAAAUUUGAUUCACCAGAAUUAAGAUGGCCGCCCCCAUGGAAUCACCAAAUGAAUCACCCACCAGUAUGUCCCUCAAAAUGGACACGAAUUGCCAGUCUGAUCAAUCAAAAAACAAAAAAAUUCAAAAAAUUAGUUUCCUGGCUGGAGUCAGUGGAAUGGCUAUAUUUGCUGGGUUUGGAAUGACUUUAGCCAAGGCCAAGAGAAGACAUCCUGGAUCAUUUUCCAAGGGACUGGUACCUGAUCCAUCUGUUGAGCUCCAUGAGAGUGGGGCAGCAUUAGGGAUGAGAGCCCUACGGUGGGGAACCCUCUGGGCCAUCGUUGGGGUUGGGUCUCUUACCUUCUUGGUUUGCAAAGCCUUGGGAGUUAAGAAUGUAGAAGAAUUCAAGGUGAAAUUCCAAUCAGUGGCCCCUGCUAUCAGACGAAAUGAGACUGAACCAGAGGAGGUCAUCAUUGCAAGAUUCAAGGCAGAAAUCUUUAAGGAUGAGAGGACAAAAAAUGAUGAAGACUGAGACCUAUUCUUUUGGUAACUCAUAACUGCCUUAUGACAGGAGUUUAUACAACAUAUAAUGAAGAGACCUAUGCCUCGUCUUCUUCUGACAAGUUUGUACCAGUCUGUGACCCGGAUUCGGUCCUUUGAUGGAUAUUGACUAGUCUUCUAGAAGAGUGCUAAUUGCUGUAUAGACUGAUGCCAUUUAUUGAGACGAGAUCCUGGUGAAUGAUCUUUGUCUAUUUAAUAAAAUUAUCAAGGAGUCCAGUCAGGAAUAUCCAACAGACAACUAAAAAAUGGAUGGGAUAGAGAGAAUAAAGAUGGAUGCAAUUUAUUUGACUAGUUAGUGAUUACCAAUGACUUCAAUUAUCUGGUUAGAUAACAGAUGUAUACCAGUUUGGUAAGAAACACAUUUUCUGGCUGAGGUGGUAAAUUGGAGGAUUGGUAUGAACUAGUGCUUAUAAGUAUUUGCUCUCUUUUUUUUUCUUUACCAAGUAUUGACAUAAAUUGUGAGCAACUCUAUGAAUAAAAAUUAUCUGAGGUGGCGAGGUGCGGGUAGAGAGUCAGCAGAUACGUAGUGGUGCUAAAAAUUUAGGGAACACAAGAUUUAUCACCUUGGUGAACCCCAACCACGUUGUAGAGUUGCUGUCUACAUUCAACACUAAGAAUGAAGGAGUGCAUUUUGUGGUUGGGUGAACAACCUUUGAGCUAUAUCCUGUUAAUCAUAGCAAAGAGUUUGUAAUGCACCAGUAAACAUGGGGAUUUUUAGUAUUUUUAUGUUUUUAUUUUGGGGAAUUAUUUUGAUUGGUACAUGAUCAGGCUUUUGAGCAAUAUACAGCAAACCAGUGAUCAUAAUGGAUUAUUUGAGGGGGCGCAGUAUGGUAGUCUCGCAAACUAGCAAACUAGGGCGGUGAUUCAUAAAAACUGAUCAUAAUUAACACAUCGAUUUUACCAAUGUCUAUUUCUACCUGUUGUAAUCCUAGUCAAUGUAAACUUUGAAUGGAAAAAUAAAAUCACAUAUCAUCGAUUGAAAAAUGCAUCUGGUACAGAUUUGUAGACAGUAUGCAGUAAUGUUUGACAAGAAUAUCUCUGCGAUUUUAAAAGAAAUUUUGAGUUUGGUGAGUUGAAAAAUUAAUUUUAUUCUGACAUUGUAUUAUAGUAAAAAGGUCAAUAAAAAAAGAAGGCUCUUUAAACUAAGCUCCUCGUGUGGAAAAAUCAGGCUAAAAACUCUAAGAUUUUUUGUAUCUAGUGUAUGCAUAGAUAUUUUAUGAAUACAAUUCCCAAAUCACAGUCUGUGUCGACACGUAAUACCAUGUUAAACAAAGUGUUGAUUUUUUUUAUGAAUUAAAACUAAAUCAACUUUCGUUCUUGCUUUGAAUAGUUUCUAUAAACCAAGGAAAUUCAUCAGAGGAUGCCUCAGAAAUUUGUUUCAAAUAAUAAAACUUUUAAAGAAAUAUUAACCUUU